AUGCCACCAAGCACGCCCGUGCCGGCAUCGACCCCACGUUCAUCUUCGCCUGCCCCUCCACUGCCUGACAUCAUCACAAACGGACUCGGCGCCGCUGCCGCCGCGGCUGCGCUCCCCGCGUCCCUGGAUCGCCUGUCCCCGGUCGCCAGGAGACCCCGCGUGCUGCAUAUUGGCGACCCCAUCAAGUACAACUUUGAAACGUACGCCUCCUUCUCGACCUGCUGCGAAAUCAUUCGGCCGUCGACCCCGGAGCGCGCGAGGCCGGAAUUUAUCAAGGCUCUAAAGGAAGAGCGAUGGGGUGACUUUGAUGCCAUCUUUCGGCCGUUUUGGGGCACGGGCGGCGAGAUGGGCCAGUGGGAUGCCGAGCUCAUCCAGUUGCUCCCGCCCAGUGUCAAGGUCUUUGCGAGUGCCGGCGCGGGGUUCGACUGGGCCGACACGAAGCUCCUAGGUAGCAGAGGCGUCAUCUACUGCAACUCGGGGCUCGCGGCGGCUGAAGCAGUGGCCGACUUUGGCGUCGCCAUGAUCAUUUCUACCUUUCGUCAUCUCCCCUGGUGCAUCACCGCGUCUGGUGACGGCGCCGCUUUCAAAGACUGCCACGCCCGAGCGACCGGGGUAUCCCGGAACCUUCGCGGACAGGUCUUGGGCAUCAUCGGCAUGGGAAAUAUCGGCCAGCAGCUUGCCGUCCGCCUCCGACACGGCUUCGCGAUGGAGAUUCACUACCACGACGUCUUGCGCAAGCCCGUACGGCUAGAGAAGACGUUUGAUGCCACCUUCCACGACACGCUCGAGUCGCUGGUCCGGGCUUCCGAUUGCGUGGUUCUGUGCACGCCCUCGGGGCCCAAGGUUAUCACCUUGGUGGACGAAGAGGCCUUGGCGGGGGCGCUCGAGGACGACCUCAUCAGUGCCAUUGCGCUGGACGUGCAUGCUUCGGAACCUCACCCGCACCCAAGGCUGCUCAAGUUUGCGGGUGAGAGGGCGAUGCUGACGUGCCAUAAUGCUGGCGGUACGGUGGAAACGCAUCGAGGAUUCGAGGAACUGAGCAUGCGAAAUAUUAUGGCGGCCAUGGCGGGGAGCGAUCCCAUCACCCCGGUGAACAUGCAAUAUCUUGUGAGAAACUACUCGGAUGUCGCUACGAUGACGAGCUCCUCCUCAACACGGCCCGGUGGUAGUGGCGGUGACGAUAGCAUCACCAAUAGCACCGCCAAUACCCCACAGGAUUCCCUCUCGCAGCGACUGGCGGGCGUGCUACCCAAGGGGUACAAAUUUGGCAUCUACCAUCUCUCGACCCCUCCGACGAAGACCGAUCCCCUCUGCCAUGCACCGCCAAAAGAACGACCUGACAAGACGUACGUCGAGAAUAGCUUCCUCGCCUUGUCGAUUGAUGUGCCCAAAGACGCGGGGAAACAAGAAGGGUCCGGUGGUGCGGGAGAGAUGCAGAGGGUCCUCGUGUUCGCGCUGGAGGUCUUUAUAUUCACGACGGCCCACUCGAGCACGUUCUUCGUGUCCAAAGCCGACUCGACGGGCUACCUGCACCUCCUCAACCUGCCCAAAGGCGCACCAUCGGUGAUACGCGACGUGACUACGGCCUUUGUGUCGUACCUGGUCGAGUGCCGUCGGCGCAAGGACGCGCAGUGCGUCGUUAGCCUUUUUGCACGUGCUCAGGCACAGUAUCUGUUCCCGGGCAGCGUGGAAAACGCGGGGAAACACGUGCUCGACGACCGCGGGCUCGUCAAGUGGUGGUACGAGACCAGGGCCUUUCUGCCCCGCGGGGGCGGUGCGGCUGAGGACAAGUGGGAGCUGGGCCACCCGCUGGAGCUCAUCUCGCACUACUGCCGCGAGUAUGAUCAAGUGCCGCCGCGGUGCCUGAUCCCGGGCUUCCCCGAUGAUCCCAAGGCGCGGUUCCGGGACGAGCUAGAUGAGGAGGCGUCCAACCCGCCAGGUUCCUGCGGGGACCGCGGCGGCGGCGAUCGCCGCCACAGCCUCUGGCGAACGGCCGUCAACGCCCCCGCAAGGCGCCACCCCGACGCUGCCUUUUCCCACUCCGCGGAAGCUUGUGCUGUCGCCAAAAAGAGCAGCAGUGGCAGCGGCGACGAGGACAAAGCCACUGCGGGUUCGCUCGCCGAGCUGGCAGGCCCCAAGACACCAGACCCGAAGUCGGAAUCCGGAGGGCCGGGGGAGCGGCUAUUUGACGAGAGGGGGUACAAGCGAGUGUCGGAGCUGCUCCUGCAGCUCGACUUCUCGACACUAGAUCUCGCGGUGGGGAGCACGCGGCGGUGGGUGGGCGAAGUGGGGAUGGGGUCGAGCUGGAACGUGGACGUCACAGGGGAGCGGGAGAUUGCCGCCGUGGUGGAAGGGGCGGCGAGGGGGCCUGGUGGCGGUGGAGAGAAGCCGGUCGUGAAUAACCUGGCAGGCUUGAUCAAGCGGAAGAGAGACGGGGCCGACCAGCAGGGCAAGGUUAACGUGCUUGGGGCGGGCCUGAUCAGGAAGAAGCCGAAGCCGGAGCCUCAAGCGGAUGUUUAA